GGCACACGGAUUCUCGCCGCUCCGGCUGCAGCUGCCGCGCUCCCCUCCCGCCCCCGCGCCCGCCCGGACCCCGCUGCAAUGAGUCCCCGGCGCUGCUGAAGGAUGGUGGCGGCCGGGAGAGCGCCUGCCCCGCGGCUCGGAGCCCUCCUCCUCCCCGGGAUCGUCCUCGGAGCCUGCCUGCUGCGGCCCGGCGCCGGCAAACCAGAGGAGUCCUGUCCGCGGAGCUUGGACUGCACGCUGCAGAGAAGGGAGUUCUGCCCCCCUGGUUCCCAUGCUUGCGGCCCUUGCCUCCCGCAGUUUGUGGAAGAUGAACACGGAAGAUGCGUCCAGAGGAAGUGGUCCUCCACUGGGAGAACUUCUGUUCCCAACCUAGAGGAAGAAAUCGACUUCUUAGCUGACGUGCUGGCCAGGCAGGAUGCCGCUCGCCUCCAUCUGCUCCAGGAUGCCACCCUGGCCCCGUCAGGGAAGCAUCCUGAAGCCGCUGGGGCGAGAGGAGAGUCCCCCAAGAGGAACAGAGCGAGCCACAGAGCUGUGACAUCUCAUCCCACCGCUACCACCAAGACAGUGAAGAGUUCUCCAGUGGAGGUGUUCCAUGUCACUUCAAAUGACCUCCUGAUACUCGGGAUGAUCGUGGUGUUCUCUGUCGCCGGCAUCGUUGCUUUAAUCGUGGCUGCGAUCUGCUGGUGCAGGCUGCAGAAGGAAAUCAGACUAGCUCAGAAAACCGACUACCCAGCUCAGAAGCUGCCCGGCCCCCUGCCAUACGACAAAGUCUCGCCUGGGGAUCAGAAGCUGGCUCAGAGCGCCCAGAUGUAUCACUACCAACACCAAAAGCAGCAGAUGCUCUCCAUGGAAAAGCAUAAAGAGGAGCCCAAACUGCCUGACUCGGCAUCCUCUGACGAGGAGAACGAAGACGGUGAUUUCACGGUGUACGAGUGCCCAGGGCUGGCUCCUACUGGAGAAAUGGAAGUGAAGAACCCCCUCUUUGACGACUCCACCUUACCCCCUCCGGGACCCAAGUCACACCAGUAACCUCUCUCCCGCCCGAGCUCGCUACGGACCGGUAUGCAGAAUGCCAAAAACCUCCAGCAACUCGGCUCCUUCCGAGGGACUCCGGACGAGGCUGCCACUCAGUGCGCCGAUUCCCAGAAUCCACCGCCAGACUGUUCGACCCCGCUCAGUACACACCUGCCGACAGCUUUGGUGGGGUCACUCCUGGUUCUAGCUUCUCCUGGUUCUUUCUGUUGUGAUCUCGCUUGUUCCCUGUCCUGUGUUCCCUGUAUUACUUCAGCUGCUGGUAGCUCUGGUGCCUCUGGAGCUGGGAGGGGGCAGCUGGUUGGCUGAGCGACAGCGCAAGGGGUGGCAGUGUCUCCACUUUCGGGUUUGUUUUGUUUGUUACUUUGGGGGUCGGGGGAUACUGGUGGUGCAGCAGGUGCAAAGGGGUCCUGGGAAGGGACCUCUCGAGGGGAUCAAGGAGUGAACAGCGAAGCAAGGGCCUUGCCUUCACUCCCCGGCACUCUGGCAAACGUCCCACCGACCCUUGCAAACACCAGUGCUGCUGCAGCACUGGUAGCCUAACGGGAGCAGAGGUGACUUGCACGGUGGCCCACACUGGCAGCCAGCUGGAGCCCAGGGUGCGCUAGUGCUCACAGCCGAACGGGUGGGAAACUUUCUAAGAAAAGUCUAGUGUAGACCUGGCGAAAAGAGCCACGGUCCUUCCUCGUGGCUGGGUCCCACUGCGCCCCUCCACCAGAAAUCCUCCCCAGCCAAGAGACUAGAGAGCCCUUGGUGCCCAGGUUACAUGUCGUCCUGCCAAAAGCAGGAGCAAAAGGAGCCGUGGGUGGGAACUUAGUGAAAUGGGAACCAGCUCUCCCCGUAGCACAUUGUCCUCGAGCUGUGGAGUCAGCCCAGUCCAUGGCUUGGCCCAUCCCAGUGAGCAAACAGGGGGAUACCCCACCCCAAAUCACGCUUGAUAUCUGGCUUCCCAUUGGGGUGACUCUAGACUCGGUGCCUUUGUCUCACUGUCCCUGGGAGUUGGGAUCUGAUACAGCAAGUUUUCCCCAUCACCAAAUUCUGCUGUGAUGCAGGUUUUAUAAUUCCAUGUUUGUAGCAUUUUCCAACAAGUAACUUGGCCAGAGCGCACACACCUUUCUGGCCAUCUUUUCUCUUUCGUUGUAUAAAACAGUUUGUCCAAUAAACCAGCUAUGCAGGUUUCUGAUGGUGGAUUUCUCAGCCUGCCAGACUCUUUGAUUCGCUCAUUCAAAUAAGCCUCUGGCCUCUCUGGUUGAUUUCAUCAGUUGCUGUGGAACAGAAGGCUGUGGAGUGUGUGCACACUUAGUGGCUGGAAAUGCUCUCUGGUGGGCCAGUGCUCUCCUCCGGCCUACCUGCCCUGGGAGCAAAAAGAAAAACAAACAUCUUUGCAUGGUCCCUAGGGAAAGAGUGAAUUCCAUAGUGACCAACCCCAGCAGCAAGUAGCCCCGCACUGCCCUUUCUGAUGCCACCACGGUGUGACGAGACGGCCUCGCCUCUCUAACGGGAAAAGCAGCGACAGUUCACUUGUUCAGAAAUGCCAAAGGUGUAACUUUUAAACUGAUCCCAGCCCCCGCACAGACUGCGGGAGGGAUCAUGCAAGGAGGGGGGCUAGGCAGGAGGCAUAUCGCUGCUUUCUGGAGCUUUUCCUUCCUACCGCCUGUGGCAGAGCAGCGUGCUGAAUGACAGCAACUGGGGAGAGGAGCCCUGUCCUGGCCACUUCAGAGACGGUCAUAGGGUGACCAGAUGUCCCGAUUUUAUAGGGACAGUCCCGAUUUUUGGGUCUUUUUCUUAUAUAGGAUCCUAUUACCCCCCCACAUCGCCUGUCCCGAUUUUUCACUCUUGCUGUCUGGUCACCCUAGACGGUCAUAGCAGGAGCUGGAGACUAUUCAAACCGCUGCCCCGUUUGCACACUCGUUCUCAGCCAUCACGCGCUGUGUCCCAUGGGCGUGAGCCCUUUUGCUGAACAAGCUCUGGCCAGUGCACCUGUGCAAACCUGGCCACUCCGUGGGCUGGCAGGAGCCCAAGGAUUACACCCCGUUUGCCCCAGAAGGGGCACAUUUCCACUUCCCUUCAAGUCUUAAUACCAAGGCCUGGCCUGGGCUAUGGAGUGGAGCAUGCUGGGAUACCGCCAUGCUAGCCUUGGGCCCCACUGUAACACUGUCCGGGCCAUGGCUGCUCUCUUGACUGCCUCAGUAGCUCACCUGAGUCGCUGCUGCUUGUGGGUGUGAGUAACAGGCCAAUCACCAUGCAUGAGAAGCGGGGCCCAGUGCGGAGGGUGCAGUAGGGGUGCAAGGCAUUCCCACCCCCCGUGGCUAACCCCUCCCCUCAAGGCUUUCUUGUGUGGCUGUAGAGGCCCCAUGGACUCCCCAGGCUGAGCGCGCCCAGUGCAUACAGGAUCUGGCCCAAAGUUGAAUCUCAGGUUGUUUUGGCUCCACAUCCCAAUCCCACGCGUGGAACGUUGAGUUCACUGUGCAGCUUCCUGCCUUCACCGCUCCCUGAGUGAACUGUACGGAGAGGAGCCGGAACCUCUGCAUGUGUAUGAGGCACAGGCACACGGCCCCGCUGGGUCGUCCACCAGUGACUCAGUGCCCCUGGAAAUACACUGUGCAUGGCAGAGCCCCCGGUGGCACACUGCGUGUGAACAGCGGCGUGACGAUGGCACAGCCGUGUGUACACUAAAGCCUCGAUCACACGAUUCUCUGGCUACGUUGUCACUUUACAAUCCCUUAUCCUUUACCGUACGUCGUGUGUUAAUGUUGAUUCCUGACCCGAAACCGUAAUUGUUGUCUGGAUUGUAUUAUUUUAAAAAGAAAGUUUUAUUAAAUGACCAUAUUUCAAA